AUGGACCCCAACACGCCUCUGCCCCCCUCAAUCCGCUCCCUCCACCAACCCGAUCCCCUCAAGCCUGAAAUAACCCUAAGAACCACAGCCCCACCCGCCCUCGACCGCUCCUCCUCAACCGAACACCUGAUCCGCGUGCACGCCACCUCCCCCUGCGCCGGCGAACUGACCUGGCCCGCCUGGAACCCGCACCUGUUUUCCGCCGAGAUCGUCCCCUGCUACGACCUGUCCGGCACCGUCGUCCAAGCGCCGGCCAACUCGCCGUUCCCGCCCGGCACGCCCGUCUGGGGCCGCACGAACGUCAAGCGACCCGGCAACGCGCGCGAGUACACCAUUGCGCCGACGGAGGAGCUCGCGCGGCGGCCGGCGAACGUCGAUGCGAUAUCGGCGGCGAGCGUGCCGUUGAGUGCGGAGACGGCGGUGCAGGCGCUGUUUAUACGCGGGGGGUUAGCGGGGCUGGGGGAAGGGGAGACGGGGAGGGAGCGGAAUCGGGGGAAGAAGGUGCUGGUGACGGCUGCGUCGGGCGGAGUUGGGGUUUGGCUGUUGCAGUUGGCGAGGGAGGCCGGGGUGGGUGAGAUUGUGGCUGUUUGUGGGUCCGGGAAUGUGGAUUUUGUGAGGGAGUUGGGGGCGACGGAGGUUAUUGACUAUACGAAAUCGAGUGUGGGGGAGUGGGCGGGGAGGUUAGGGCCCGGCGGGAAGGUGGAUUUGGUGGUUGAUUGUAAAGGCGGCGAGUCGCUAGGGCAAUGCUGGAGUGCUGUGAAGGACGGCGGGGUGCUUUUGUCUAUUUGUGAGCCACCGGAAGGGCGGAAGCCGGAAGGGUGCAUGGUGGAGGAUGUCCGAAAUGAGUUUUUCAUUAUGGAGCCAAGGGGGGAUGAUUUGUUGCAUGUUGGGAGGCUGUUUGAUGAGGGAAAGGUGAAGGCUGUUGUGGACAGUGUUUGGAAGCUGGAGGAGUAUAAACAGGCGUUUGAGCACCUGGAUAAGGGGCAUUCGAGGGGCAAAAUCCUUCUUACGCUGUGA